GCUGCAUUUCAGUCUCUCAGAAUCUCUACCAAACGGUUCAGAUAUGUUUCAGAUGGUACAGCUGCUCUUCUCCUCUGGACUCGACAGUCACAGUAAAACCAGCAAAUCUCCUCAGACCAGACCAGACUGGACUCACAGUUCACAGGACUUUCUCAGACAUGUGGGACAGCUGAGCGGCCUGAAGGUGUUUCAUAACCUGCGUGUACCGAACCAGUGCGAGGCGGCCGGAGACGAGAUCAAUCUGGUGUUGAUCACAGGUCACGGUCUGUUCUGUGUGGAUGUGAAGACGUGGAGCGGUUGUGUUUCGGCUCAGAAUGACAUUCACUGGCACGUUCAGGUGAAAUCAAAAGCGCAGAUCUCAGUGGAGCAGGUGCCUGACGCUCUUCACAUCAUCACCGCGAAGGCUCGUAACCUCCAUUGUCACAUGAAGCGCUGCGGGCUGAACGUUCGGACGGAUCAGUUUUUUCCCAGAAUCCUCUUCUUGUCUCCAGACUGUGUGCUGAGUGAAGAGUUGAGGAUGAAGAAGGAGCUCGUGAGUUACGCUGAUGUCCCAGAGUUCCUCUGCUCGCUCCGAGAAACAUUCACCGCCUGGCUGCCGGAUGUCUUCACACCGUCCUGGAUCUCAGGUCAUUUGUCAUUCAGACAGAUGAGAGCGGCUCGUGAGUGUCUGCGUGUCAUGAGGACGUGGGAUCUGCUGCAGCUGGUCAGCGGUCAGGAACUGAAGGGAGAUUAUCAGAGCUGUACACACCUCGCUGUACAACGACACGAGACUGAAGUACUGCACUUCAGCAGAGACACAACCCUACUCACACACACACUCUACAGCCUGCUCGGACUCACAACACAGGUGACCGUCCGGAUGUAUAAGCGUGGAGCUGAAGGAUGGCUGGGUAAACAUCUGGUCGCCACGGCAACCAUCCCUUCAGCCACACAGGUGAUUUUCAGGAUCAGUGGAGAAGAAUCAGACAGUCAGUUUCCAGUGAAAAGCAUCAGCUGUAUGACACUCAGUAUCUGACUGAUGGGGAUGGAUUGAGCUUUACUUCAUACUGAUUUGAUCAAUAUAUAGAAGCAUGCAUAUAUAUACUGUAUAUAUAUACUGUAUAUAUAUACAUUAUUUAUAAAAAAGAUCAUCUGCUUUCAGUCAAAGUCUGGUUUCAUAUCUCAGAGAGAGAGAGAGAGAGACUUCAUCUCUACAGAUCAAGCAGAUUGAUUGAUUCAUUCAGAUCACAACAGCAUCUUUACUUCUGCAUUGGAAAAAAUGCAACUUCAAACGCUGACUUAUAUUUUUAAGUUAAAUUAAUUUAGUUGUGUCCCAAAUGACAUACUAUACACUAUAUGCACUUAAACUAUGCGACCGUAAAGUGUGUCAAGUGUCCACAGUUCCACACUUCAUGUUUUCGAUUGAAAAAACGGCAUCAUCCGGGAACUUAAAGUGCACUUAUCUUUUGAGAAAUUUCAAUGUAAAUGCACUACUCACAUUAUAAAAUACUUCAAAAUGGGGUAGAAUAGUGCAUAAGUGCGCGAUUUGGGACACACCUUAGGUGCAUUUUGCAUAGCUUAUAAAAUUAAGUUAAUAGAUUUUUAUGUCAGUUUAAUAUCAAGUUUUUUUUUCUUUUGAAUUUCUUUACAGUGCACUACCAUGAUGAAAUGAUAGAAGAGUUAGGUUCAUGCUUCAGUUAUCAGCACACAAACACACAUUCACCAGCACAUUUAUUCUGUCAUAACAGAAACUCACGAAAGAUCACAUAUACAAGAAAACAUCAAUACAUGAUGUGUGAAGGUGAAGUGUGUUACUUUGUGAUCCCGAUGACAUUAAGAAAUGUCAUAACAUUGUAUUUUAAAAUAAAUGUAAAAACAUUAAAAUUAUGCAUUUAUUUGGUCUUUUUUCACCUUAUUUGGCUCUAAAAUUACUCAUUCAUUUGAAAUAAAAAUAACCUUUUUUAGUUAUUUUCACUUGAACAAAAUAUACUCAUAAAAGUAUUCAUACAACUAUUAAAACCUUAAGUCCUAGUUCUGUUUCUGGAGAUGGAAUCAAAAUAGCAGUUAUACAAACCAUAAACACCUCUAGUCUGGAGAUAGGCUGAACUUUAAUAAUAACAUUUUCACAAGUUGAAUUUGUUGAAUAAAAAAAACUCUGUGUUGGUUAAAACUGUGGGAAAAAAUAUACCAAAUCUGACCUUUCUGUAAGGAAAAGACAAAAGUAAUUUAUUUGAGAAAUAAACAUCACAUGUCAGGUAGAAGAUCUCAGGGUGUGUGUUACAGUAAACUUCUUUGCCGUCAUUCUGCUCGAAUUGAAAACUUCACUGUCACAAUGUUUUGUCUGAAAGCAUCAACAAUGUUAAUCUGAUAUUGAAGUGUGUGUUUGUUUUGUACAGUGAAUUAAAUGAAAACAAAAUUGCUGUUAUUGGCUCAUUAAUUCUUUGUGUAUGUGUGAGUGGCUGUAUUUAUUUGACAGUAGAACAAUUGCUUCAAUUUAAACAAUUCAGCUCUUUGUGUGUGUGUGUGUGUGCGCGUGUUUAUAGGCUCAUCACUUCAUUUAUGUGUGUAUGAAUGAUCUGUAUUGUGUUGGAUUUAUUGAUGUUUCAUUUAUAAAUAAUAUGUCUUAUUUCCCAUUCAUUUUCUAUGGUUGCUCAAUUUUUGUCCAGGCUUCAAACUGUUGUCUGUUCUUUAGCUGUUCAGGGGCAGACUUAGGAAAAAUAGCUUGUGCUGCUCAUUCAAGAAAAUCAAUGUUGGUAUUAAAAAAAUUAUUUUGCCCAAAUGUUUCUCCAAGGUUGUUUUAGAGUUAAACGCUGAAUUUGAAGACUUCUGUUUCACUCACUCUGACACUUUUUAUUUACUGCAGAAAAAUCACAUAUAACAAGAUGUCUUGACUCUGCAGGAUUACAAGAAAUGAAAUGUUUUGUCUUUAAAUGUAUGAAUUGUGUUUAAAUUAUUUAUAAAAUAAAUACAUUUGACCAAUUCAGCGAAUGGAUCAGUCAAGAAAAUGCAAAUCGAUUUAUACUUGCUUCCCUUCAGUGCUGGUGUGCAAAAUAAAAAAAAUCAUAAUGCUGAAAAUAAAAUGUGUCCCUUUUUUGUCAGUGUUAUUUGGUAAAUAUGAAUACUUAUGAAUUAAACCCAUGUCUAUUGUUAAACCCUUCAGGAGCAGAACUGAGAUUCACUGCAUCAGUUUUCCUAACAGUGACUAAAAACCUUUAUCAGUUCAUCCAUUACUCGUCAUUCAAUUAACACGCACGCACACACACACACACACACACGAUUCAUUUUUAAUGCAAACACUGCAGCUUGUACACAACACACAGAUCCGGAGUUAUGAUCCGGCACAGUUAUGAUCAACACAGUUAUGAUCCGGAGACUUUACUCCGGAUCAUAACCUGAAACUACAGGCAAUUAAGAAUGAUGUGAAAAGAACGAGAAUGAGCACAAUAACACACAAAAAAAAUAAGAUGACAAUAUAAAAGUUUAUUAAACUGGUUUUGUUGACAGAAAAGAAUAAAAAUGAAGACAAACAGACAUUGAAAGUAGAAACAGACGUCCUGAUCAGAGCAGACUUCAC